GGGCCGUCCCCUCCGCGGGUUUGGAUCCGGGUCAGUCAGGCGCCGCGAUCCGGGAUAGACGAUCUGAACUGACGGCACCGGAUCAACAGAGCGCCCCAGCUGCGAGGAGUACUAACGGGAACAUCCACAGUAGUGUAAAGACUUUCACAAUGAAAUCUGAAGCCAAGGACGGGGAGGAGGAGAGUCUACAAACUGCUUUCAAGAAGUUAAGAGUGGAUGCAUCAGGGUCCAUAGUGUCUCUGUCUGUUGGAGAAGGUACAAGUGUUAGAACGUCAGUCAGAACAACUACAGAUGAUGCCAAACCCAAAACCACGUGUGCAUCUAAAGACAGCUGGCACGGGUCUACAAGGAAGUCUUCACGAGGAGCAGUAAGAACCCAGCGUCGCCGACGUUCUAAGUCUCCUGUCCUUCAUCCCCCAAAGUUUAUACAUUGCAGUACAAUAGCUGCUGCUUCCAGCAACCAGCUAAAGCACAAAAGCCAGACUGACUCCCCUGAUGGCAGCAGUGGGCUGGGAAUUUCAGCCCCUAAAGAGUUCAAUGCAGGAGAGUGUGCUGCUUCUCCUCCUGAUGCUAAUCACCCAGGGGCAGUCAUUGGGCCUUUGAGAACUUCGGUUCCAGGGCUCCCAUCACAGAGUGAAAAGGAAGACCCCUCUGAUGCUACCCAAGUCUCCCAAGCAAGUCUCAAGGCCAAUGAUCUCUCUGACUUUCAAUCCGUUUCCAAGUUAAACCAGGGCAAGCCAUGUGCAUGCGUAGGCAAGGAGUGCCAGUGUAAGAGAUGGUAUGAUAUGGAAGUGUACUCCUUUUCAGGCCUGCAGAAUGUCCCGCCCUUGGCCCCAGAACGAAGAUCCACGCUUGAGGACUAUUCUCAAUCGCUCCACACCAGAACUCUGUCCGGCUCUCCCCGUUCCUGUUCUGAGCAAGCUCGAGUCUAUGUGGAUGAUGUGACCAUUGAGGACCUGUCAGGCUACAUGGAAUAUUACUUAUAUAUUCCCAAGAAAAUGUCCCACAUGGCUGAAAUGAUGUACACUUGAUAGCAAGAAGUUAAUUAAUGUGCUUUAAACCAAUGAGGGGUUGUCAGAGAGAUUUAGUUAAUGGCAGACCUUGCGGCCACUUUGUGUGAGAAGACAUCUCCUUCUGCUCACUGUGCUUGCAAUAAAAACAUGUCUUGGCAUCUCAGUUAAUCUGCAUUCUUUAAACUUCCUUUCUGGGUUCUUACAUUCCCGCCAAGGCAAGCAGAUCUCAAAAACAG